AUGAGAACGAAUGAGAAGUGGAGUUUAACUACGCACAUUCCUGGGCCCCCAUGCAGAGCCCAGCACUUUCUCAAUUAGACAAGAGUCCAUCCGUCCUGCCGACGGAGCUAUCCCCCCCCCCCAACCCAGCCAAAUCCCUCACCUAUCUAUCACCUCGCUCGCUCACACACAGACUAGUUCUCUCCUCCAUCAACUCUCUGCUCCAGUAGACUGUGUAUAUCACUGUGCAGCACAGACAAAUCUGGAAAUUGGACCAGAGGCAUAUUUGUAUGCACAUACGCACACACUUUGUCAAUUAAGAUGAAUACACAAAUCAAUCAGGUGGGACUAUUGUUCUUAAAAAGGUCAAUUGAGGCAGAUAUAGGCUCCCCCCUCCCAUCCCUUAUUCCCUCUCACGCUCUCCUCCUUGGCUCCACCUCCCAGGGAAGCAGAGGGACACAAUUAGGGAGGGGGGAUAAGGAGAGAGAGAGAGCAAGAGAGAGACUGGGGGGAGAGCUGACUUGUGUCUAGAAUCAAUCAGUUGUUUUUCUCUUCCACUCACUCACUGCAUUUUUCCAGACGGCGUGCGCGAGCUUAGGCUCUGGACUUCGUUGCCUACCCCCUAUCUCUCUGUCCUGCUCUCUCUCUACCCUUCUUUCUGACUAACUCAUUAAUUCCUUCUGAUGCUUUGUGGAGGCGAAUUCCUGCCUCUGACUCCAACCUUCCUGUCCGUUCCUCCUAUUCUCUUAUCCCUAUAUCCAGGAACCUCCAAAGCCGGUCUGUCUCAGCUGUGCUCUUCUCCUAUCCCUAUCCAUUAGAAAUGUGGUGCUCUGUGGCUCUGGUUGUUUGUGGAUUCUCUGCUUUGGUCCAGGGUAGGUCUGCCUCUCUUUACUCUCUCUGACUACAUUGUAAGAUUAGAGUUACAAAGCCAGAGGGAAAGAAUAGGAAAGGAUCACUGGAAAGGAGGAGAGGACGAUUGAGAAGUGUCUGUGUAUGUGUGUGUGUGAGUAUUUUUGUGUUCUCUAAGUGUUUGUGCUCUUGUUUUAUGUUGGUCUGUGUGUACAUGCCUACCUGUGUGCCUAGUGAAUACAGAAGUCUACAGUUAUUCAGGACCUGAUGUGACGUGGUCCUCAAUGUAAAAUACAUGUUGUCUGUUGCAGGGACAGACAGAAAAAGAAAGAGAGAGAGUUGGUAUAUAAAGCGAGAGAGAUGGGGAGACAUGCUUUAUUCGAGAAAAUGCUGCAAUCAUAAAUUUCACAACCUCCCUCACCCUUUCACCCUCUAUUUUCCCCAAAAUCUCUGUGGACAGAGAGUGCAGUAUCAAUGGGAUUGAAGCAGCAGGGAACAGACAAUUAUCAAUGGUGGCAUGUCAAUUGAACAUCAUUAUAGAUCUGGUUCUAUCUUGCUUCCUUGUUAUGUUGUUAUGUAUGGACAUGUUGCUGCAGCAGAGAGAGCAGAGUAGCUGUAUGCAGCAGGAGAGAUAGGUUGCUAAGGGAGAGGAGAGUUAUUAUUACAUUAUAUCAGAGGCUGCCUGUCCUGCAACUAGGUAAAGAGCUACUGAACUUUCCUCUCAACGCAAAAUCAUGAAUAAUUUCCUGACUGUAACUUUUGUAGAGAUUCUUGUUACUUUCCCGGUGAAAAAUGAUUAAUUAAAUGUCUCCUUGGGACUAUUGACACACAGUGGUAAAGGAUAACAGCUAGAAGUAUACAGACCACUGAAAGAGCGCUUAAUAUCUGUUUGUACACCAAAUGGAUCUGAAAUGACACGCAACAACUAAACACAUAUAGGGCAAAAUAGUAGGACUAAGGUCAUGGGGUUAUGAGGUUAAAAUAUAAAAGCAAAUACAGCAGACAAGACGAUACAAGAAUAUGCUAAGUCAACAUCUAAAAAAUUUAAAACCCACAGACUUUAUAGCUGACACACCGGUAGAAUUGUUAAACGUUUGCCUGCCCACAGUACUUACUUAGCACCUCUGAACAGAGUGUCGGCAGUCAAUCUCUUUUGUGUUCACACAGCAUAGACCUUGAAGUCGUCAGCCACUGAGCCUUGUUAAAAUACUCCAAACCAGAAGGUGGAAUUAGCGUUGUUUGGCAAUGCAUGUCUGUAUGUGUUUAACUAGCUAGCUAAGGAUACUACUCUAACUCGGCAGCCAACACGGGCAGCUGUUUCAUGGAAACUUUUAUUAUAAUGUCAAUACUAGCUACAGUUGGAGAUUGGAGAACACAUUGGGAGGGAUCUUAGACCAUUCCUCCAUACAGAAUCUUUCCAGAUCCUUGAUAUCCUUCAUUUGCACUUAUGGGCUGCCACCUUCAAUUCAAACCACAGGUUUGUCCGAAAACUGUUGAUUUUGUGGUCAAUUAACCAUUUAUUUGUGGGUUUGGAUGUUUGCUUGGUGUCAGUGUUUUGCUGGCAGAAGCAACCAGGUACUGGCAGAAGCAACCAGGGUUUUGACUAAAAUGUCCUGGUACUGCGUAAAGUUCAUGAUGCCGUUGACCUUAACAAGGGCACCAGGACCAGUGGACGCAAAAUAGCUGCAUAACAUUAAAGAUCCACCACCAUAUUUUACAGUAGGUACAGGGUUCGUUUCUGCAUAUGAAUCUUUAUUUCGACGCAAAACCCACCACUGGUGUGUGUGGCUAAAGAGCUCUAUUUUCAUGUCAUCCAACAAAUGUAAAUGCCUGGAGUUUGCUAAACGGCAUUGGAACUUGGAUUAGAACCGGUGCUAUGGUCAGAUGACAUGAAAAUAGAGCUCUUUGGAAAGAUUCUGUACGGAGGAAUGGUCUAAGAUCCCUCUAAGAUGUGUUCUCCAAUCUCAUAAAACAUUUUUGAAAAAGGCUCAUUGCCGUUAUCCUCGCAAGGUGAGGUAUUGAAAGGUAUUGAAAACAGGGGUGCCAAUAACUAUGACCCCUUUCUUUUUUAGAUGUAUUUCUAUUACUUGUUAAACAAAACAUUUCUCUGAGCAAUUGUACAUGUAUAAAAUAAUAUAAUUUCCCAAAUGUUUUGAGCAUACAAUAUAGCUCAGUAUUCGUAUAAUUUAUUUUAUACAUUAUUUUUUGAUCAUUUUUAUCAAGGGUGCAAAUAAUUUUGGACCUGACUGUAUAUAAAUGAGUAUAACACUUUCAUGAAACAAAUCCCUUGACCAUCAUGCCUUAUUCAAUGAUUCACACACGCUUACUUAAAUUUGUAGUGCUUCAGGGGUUUUACAUUUCCAAACCUGCUUGAUUAUUCAUCAAUUAAGCCAAUUAAGCAUUGAUAAGGUGUGCUUACAACUUUCUCAGAGGUUCCUCUCAUCCUCCACUCAUUUCCCCUGAUUCUUCCUCUAUUCUUCUUCAUCUUCACUUAUCCCACAUACCUUCCAUGCCCCCGUCUUUUGUCUAUAUCGCCUCUCUUCUGAAAUCUUCUACUCUCCUUUUCUCUCUUUCCUUCCAUCUCCCUCUCCUCCCUUCUUCUCUCAGUGUCGUUUCAGGGCCCUCACCAGAGGACCCUGUUGAAGAACCUUCUGAAGGACUACAAUCGUAUGGAGAGGCCAGUGGGCAAUGACUCACACUCCCUCACAGUCUUCUUCUCUAUCAAUCUGAUGCAGAUCAUGGAUGUGGUAGGGAUCAAUGUUCAUAUUACAUUUAUGUUGUUUUAUCUGUCUGCUAGUCAGUACAUCGACCGGUCUGUUGGUGUCUUCGUCUAUACCUGUGCAGACUCUGCUCUGUUAAAGUAAAUAUUCCACUGCAACUUCAAUACUUACACAGAAUUAUUUGAGGCAGGUCUCUCAAUAUAGCUCCUCAGAAUACGAAUUGACUCAAAAUGAUUUACAUCUUAUAGGAUGAGAAGAAUCAGGUCCUCACCACUAACAUCUGGCUUCGGAUGGUAAGCACAGCACAGCUUCAAGUGAACAGCUGUCGGAGUGAGAGUGAAUGUAUUGUAUCCUUCUCAGUGGACCUUCUUAGUUAUAUAUUCAGUUGAAGUUGAAUUAAAUUGCCAUGUCCAAUAUAUCCAGCCUGAGUCUGUCUUCCAGAGCUGGUUUGAUCAUUAUCUUCAGUGGAACCAGUCUGAAUACCCUGGAGUGAAAAACCUUCGGUUCACAACUGACCAGGUGUGGACGCCAGACAUCCUCCUCUACAACAGGUAAUACACCUAUGGUCAUAUUCACGUCGUCAUGCAUCACAUGCAUGUGUUUUAUGGUUUUAAAACACUACUGUCCAGAGUUUGAGCCACCCUUUCCUUUCUCUUUCCUCAGUGCAGACGAUGACUUUGACUCCACCUUCAAGACCAACGUGCUGGUCAACUCCAGUGGCUUCGCAGAGUAUCUCCCUCCAGGUGAGUCCCUUUCUCUUUCUAUCUUUCCUACUCUGUUGAUAUUAUAUAUAUAUACAGUGAGGGAAAAAAAGUAUUUGAUCCCCUGCUGAUUUUGUACGUUUGCCAACUGACAAAGAAAUGAUCAGUCUAUAAUUGUUAUGGUAGGUUUAUUUUAACAGUGAGAGACAGAAUAACAACAAAAAAAUCCAGAAAAAUGCAUGUCAAAAAUGUUAUACAUUUAUUUGCAUUUUAACGAGGGAAAUAAGUAUUUGACCCCCUCUCAAUCAGAAAGAUUUCUGGCUCCCAGGUGUCUUUUAUACAGGUAACGAGCUGAGAUUAGGAGCACACUCUUAAAGGGAGUGCUCCUAAUCACAGCUUGUUACCUGUAUAAAAGACACCUGUCCACAGAAGCAAUCAGUCAAUCAGAUUCCAAACUCUCCACCAUGGCCAAGACCAAAGAGCUCUCCAAGGAUGUCAGGGACAAGAUUGUAGACCUACACAAGGCUGGAAUGGGCUACAAGACCAUCACCAAGCAGCUUGGUGAGAAGGUGACAACAGUUGCUGCGAUUAUUCGCAAAUGGAAGAAACACAAAAUAACUGUCAAUCUCCCUCGGCCUGGGGCUCCAUGCAAGAUCUCACCUCGUGGAGUUGCAAUGAUCAUGAGAACGGUGAGGAAUCAGCCCAGAACUACACGGGAUGGUCUUGUCAAUGAUCUCAAGGCAGCUGGGACCAUAGUCACCAAGAAAACAAUUGGUAACACACUACGCCGUGAAGGACUGAAAUCCUGCAGCGCCCGCAAGGUCCCCCUGCUCAAGAAAGCACAUAUACAGGCCCGUCUGAAGUUUGCCAAUGAGCAUCUGAAUGAUUCAGAGGAGAACUGGGUGAAAGUGUUGUGGUCAGAUGAGACCAAAAUGGAGCUCUUUUGCAUCAACUCAACUCGCCGUGUUUGGAGGAGGAGGAAUGCUGCCUAUGACCCCAAGAACACCAUCUCCACCUUCAAACAUGGAGGUGGAAACAUUAUGCUUUGGGGGUGUUUUUCUGCUAAGGGGACAGGACAACUUCACUGCAUCAAAGGGACGAUGGACGGGGCCAUGUACCGUCAAAUCUUGGGUGAGAACCUCCUUCCCUCAGCCAGGGCAUUGAAAAUGGGUCGUGGAUGGCUAUUCCAGCAUGACAAUGACCCAAAACACACAGCCAAGGCAACAAAGGAGUGGCUGAAGAAGAAGCACAUUAAGGUACUGGAGUGGCCUAGCCAGUCUCCAGACCUUAAUCCCAUAGAAAAUCUGUGGAGGGAGCUGAAGGUUCGAGUUGCCAAAUUUCAGCCUCGAAACCUUAAUGACUUGGAGAAGAUUUGCAAAGAGGAGUGGGACAAAAUCCCUCCUGAGAUGUGUGCAAACCUGGUGGACAACUACAAGAAACGUCUGACCUCUGUGAUUGCCAACAAGGGUUUUGCCACCAAGUACUAAGUCAUGUUUUGCAGAGGGGUCAAAUACUUAUUUCCCUCAUUAAAAUGCAAAUCAAUUUAUAACAUUUUUGACAUAGUGUCUGUCAACAGACUGUCAUAGUGUCUGUCAACAGACUGUUGGAUGCGACAACUGACGAAUAACUUUGUUUUGGUGGCAGAUUUUUCAUCACUGAUCAUUUGGAUAUAUCAUGAUUUCGCAGGUGUUCGCAUCUUUCGAAUUUCUGAAGGGGAGGGGACAUUUGGCCCAUAGACUUGCCCAUAACUUGCAGAGGGAGGGGGGUGGAGCUACCGAUCUGCUACUGCUGUUUGUUCUAGUAUCUUUUCUAACACAUCUGCCCCAAGAACUUAAUUGAGCAUCUGACGCAAUUAUGAAAGAUUUUAGUUCUGUGUUUCUGAUUAUUCUUAAUUAUGACAUCAAUAUUGGAUAUGUUUGAAACAGCAUCCUCAGCUACUGUAUCAACAAAUCCCAAGGUGCAGUGUUUCUUCUAUAUGGGAGAUAUUUACCCCUCUCAUAUUUUAAGACCAAAUUGGUUGAAUCCUCUCAGACUUCUCCCCCAACCCCACAUUAAAGACUUCUGUGAUCCAGUCCCUUGUGCCAGACUAAACCGAAAUGGCCUUUUGAAGUCAAGUCAAGGAAUGGGUGCAAAGAAAUUCCAUCAUUUCUUUUUCAGUGGAUAUGUUUAUUUAUAAGGAGGUGUUGAAUGUAAACACAGUUGGCUAAUUAAAUGUUGUCAGCUGAACCAAAGCCAAUUUAGAGGGGGCGAUAUGGGCUGUGUCCCAAAUGGCACCCUAUUCCCUAUAUAGUGCACUAAUUUUAACCAGGGUCCAAAGGGCGCUGGUCGAAGUAGCGCACUAUGUAGGGAAUAGGGUGCCAUUUGGGACGCAGUCAUGAUGAUGCUGUGCAUGGAGAAUUGAGUCUGUGACACACACAGGAGGCUAUACUAUACAGAUUAUCAUAGAUCUGAUCUGGCCUCUCAUCAUAAAAGCCUGUGUAAUUACUGGGGUCCAUUUGGCCUGGAGAUAAAAGACUAUGGGCUCUGUAUGCCAGGGAGUGUUCGGGAGCUUGACUCCUGGGUAAAUAAUUAAACAGCAGCAACCCUCUGGAGCUCUCGGUGGUUGGUAAUGUUUAGGAAUAGUUUUCAUAGCUCAGAUGAGAUAUAUGAUAUAGAGCUUUAGGUGGAUGGUAACGUUUGGAAAUAGUUUUCAUAUAUAGCUCAGAUGUGAUGCAUGGUGUAUUGGCGGGAUGGUGUCUAAGGCAGUGUUCCAAAUGGCACCCUAUAUAUGGAAUACGGUGCCGUUUGGGACAAACACUAAAGGAAAGGAAGGAAAUAGGUUUUGAAGGCUGGGGUGAUCCAUCUUGUUUCUUGUGCAGAGGUUGUUUUUCAGGGAAUUGUCCAGAGUUUUAAGAUAUACUUUAUUUUUAGGAGUAAAGAAUCUUGAGAUAUUGGUUGCAUUUUUAGAGGACAUUUUGGUCAAGGAUUGUUGCUUGUCGGAUCAGCUUUUAGAGUAACCUAAUUGUUAGCUUAGAGGAUCUGUUACAGAGCUGCAGGAGAGCAGUGAAUUGCAAAUGGAAGUAAAUGUAGCUUUUAGCUAAUCAGUUUAGUUUUAGGUUGAAUGAAUCUUGAGAAAAUAAUGAGUUAUUACAGAGCCCUUACAACUGCACAAAGAGGUGCAGUUGUAAGGAAAUUGCAUGAGUUUUGGUGAAUUGUAUAUUGUAUUUUGGACUGUUCAUUGUUGACAAUUUCACGGCUCAGAGACUAUAAAGCAAUGCCAUUAUGAGCGUGAAAAAACAACUAUUGAAUGAAACUACAUUUUAAGUCUUGCAUUGGGAAUUUGAUGUUUAUGUGAAGUUUUAUAAUCAAUGCUGGAUUUAAUUUGGUUUGAUUGUCAACUUCUAAUCCAUUAAAAUAGCUUUUCAGCCCCUUCUCUGUUUUUCCGAAGUUUUUUUCAUUUGCAUGUCUUGUGACUCAUAAUGAAUAUUUCUGAGUGCUGUUUGGAAGACUACUUUGGCAUUUUGGUUGCGUGCACUACUGUAAAACUCAACAGGCUUGAUUUGUUCAUUUCAGUAAUUGCUUUGCCAGCGAUCUCUGUGUGCAUCAGUUGUUUAGUACUUUUUGUUUCCGUGUGUAUGUGUGGUUCCCUCUGUGUGCAUCAAUUAUGUAGUACUUUGUGUGUCCGUCUGUGUGUGUGGUUCUGUAUAAUGAAAAAGUUGGUCUGAUUAUAGUCUGGAUAAACUGUCUGCAGAGUAGAGAUCAGUGCCACUUUUUAUAUUUUGCACUCUCUGGGUGCGUCCCACCAAUAUAUCUUCUUUCUCCUGAAGUAUAGACUCAUUCACUACUUCCCACAAAUCUAAAAGCCAUUGGAUUGGUGGAGGCAGGGGCCGGGCUAGAGGGAAUUUACACCAGUAAUUUCCUUUAAAAUCAGUGAAGGAAAGUGAACAAGUGCACACUUUGGUAAUAGGGAGAGAUAAUUGGGACGUAGCCAUUCACACUUGUACUGUUUAACUAUGGUUAAGUACUGAUCCCUCCUCCAGAGUGCUUAAAAAUAGGUGCCAGAACAAGAAGUUACAGUAUAUGCAAAGUAACAUUUUUUGAAGUGUAAGUGAACAACAAGUAAAAUGUCUAACAGUCUCCCACUGUAUGGGGUGUCUACACUGAGUGUACAAAACAUUAGGAACACCUUUCAAAUAUUGAGUUGCACCCACUUUUUCCCUCAGAACAGCCUCAAUUCGUUUUGGCAUGUACUCUACAAGGUGUUGAAAGCGAUCCACAGGGAUGCUGGCCCAUGUUGACUCCAAUGCUUCCCACAGUUGUGUCAAGUUGGCUGGAUGUCCUUUGGGUGGUGGACCAUUCUUGAUACACAUGGGAAACUGUUCAGCAUGAAAAACCCAGCAGCGUUGCAGUUCUUGACGCCCUCAAACCGGUGUGCCUGGCACCUACUACCAUACCUCAUUCAAAGGCACUUAAAUCUUUGGUCUUGCCAAUUCACCCUUUGAAUGGCACGCAUACACAAUCCAUGUCUCAAUUGUCUCAAGGCUUAAAAAUCCUUCUUUAACCUGUCUCCUCCCCUUCAUCUACACUGAUUGAAGUGGAUUUAAUAAGUGACAUCAAUAAGGGAUCAUAGCUUUCACCUGGAUUCACCUGGUCAGUCUAUGUCAUGGAAAGAGCUUCCAAAUGUUUUGUACACUCAGUGUAUACCUCCCAUACUUCACUCUUUGCAUCCCUUUUUAUCAAUCUCUUUCCCUGUAUGUCAGGGAUUUUUAUGAGCACAUGUAACGUGGACGUACGUUGGUUCCCCUUCGACAUCCAAAAGUGUGAGAUGAAGUUUGGCUCGUGGACGUACGAUGGCUGGCUGAUGGACCUACAAAUGAAUGAGGCUGACAUCUCCGGGUACAUGUCCAACGGGGAAUGGGACCUAGUGGGUGAGUGGGAUUGGACUGCCCUCCUAACUUUCUUAUCAAUUGCUCAACUUAAUUGUCAACUCAACUUGAACUUGUAUGGAAAUUCCCUCUUUAUUCUGUCCCUUAAUUUAUUAUUUCUUUCUUUCUUUCUUCACUCACUCAAGGAGUACCAGGCACUCGUAGCGAGGUGUUCUAUGACUGCUGUAAGGAGCCCUACCCCGAUGUGACGUUCGUUGUGACCAUCCGCCGGCGCACUCUCUACUACGCUCUAAACUUGCUCAUCCCCUGUGUGCUGCUGUCCUCCAUGACCCUGCUUAUCUUCCUACUGCCUGCCGACUCUGGGGAGAAGAUCUCUCUGGGUGAGCAGAGAGAAGAGGGUGGAUGA